AGCCAUCAUCCAAGCGACAGUACAGGAGGUAGAGUAUAAAAGCUGCACAACAUGUCUGAACAACUCUUCAAGUCUUUUGCUAUCAUCGGCGCCGGACCCAACACCGGCAUUCAUAUCGUGAAGGCCUUUCUCGCCAUUGGCACCCCACUUCUCGUCAUCGCCCGCCCAGGCUCCACAAACGUCGCUGCGCUCCCUACCGACGAUCCCCACCUAAAGCUUGUGCGCGCAGACUACACAUCUGCAUCUGAGAUCUCCACAGUGCUCCGCGAGCACAAAAUAGACGUUCUCAUUUCGACCGUCACACUUGUUUUCGGAGGCGUAGUUGGCCAGAACAUUCUCGCCGACGCUGCCAAGGAGGCAGGCGUGAAGCUCUUUGUCCCCAGCGAGUUCGGUAUCAAACCGCAACUAUCCAAAGGUGGUUUAGCUUUCCAAAAGACUGACUUCGCAGCUUAUGCGAAUUCAAUUGGAUUGCCAACUCUCCGUGUCUUCAACGGAUUGUUCUACGAAUUCGUACCCUGGCUCACCGCGCUCGCUGACACUGGCAAGUUCCAUAUCGUGAACAAAGGAGAAACACCAGGGUCCUUCACUGCAGUAUCCGACGUCGCUGGAUACGUCGCUCAUAUCCUUACUACCCAACCUCCAUCUCGUCUACUUGAUGUUCAAAUUCAAAUCGAGGGACAACGCGCAACGCUCUCGGAGAUCGGUGCAUUGUAUAAAGCCACUGUACCUGUGGUAUAUUGCGAUGCUCUUCCUACGGAAGGUGUGGUCAACGCGCACUUCCGUACGUUCUUCCAGAAGCAUAUUGGGGCCGGGGGAGGAAGUUGCGGGUGGAACCCUGUGACGGAGUCGGACGACCCGGAAUCGGCUAGCAGGGACAACUCGUUGUGGGAGGGGCACCACUGGUUGACUGUUGGGGAGGCUCUUGGACUGUGAUUGGACUCCGCAACUUACUCACAUAAUUUAUGUUUUCCUACCAGCAGUUAACUUAUCACUAGAAUCGUUAGAUCAUGCACGAAUGAAGAUA